AUGCGUUCCUCCGUUUUUGUGAGCUUCCUCGCGUUGAGCGGAGCCGCGUUCGCCGCGACGCACAAUGGCCGGCACAGCAGCCGCCAGCAUCUCCACAAGAAGCGCGGCUACAAGGUCUCCAAGUGGCUGGAAGGCGAUGACCUAGUCGACGCCUUCAACUACGACGUGAAGCCCUCCGACAACCAGGGUAUCGCUAACUAUGUCGACGGCAAGGACAGCGGCCUCGUCUGGGUGGACGGUUCCAAGAAGACGUACAUCGCCGUCGACCAGACCCCAUACUCCGACCUGCGCAAGGCGAUCCGCAUGACGUCCAAGGACAAGUUCAACCCCUCAGACAACCUCCUCUUCAUCUUCGACAUCCAGCACAUCCCCUGCCUCUGCGGCACGUGGCCCGCGCUCUGGUUCACCGGCUCGAACUGGCCGUUCGACGGCGAGAUUGACGUGAUUGAGGGCGUGCACUUGUACAAGCAGAACACGAUGAGCGUGCACACGGGCACGGGGUGCAACUGGCCGAACUACAUCAUCAGCAGCCUGUCGAAGCUGACCGCGAACAAGCCGGACGAGUUCUCGUGCGACGCGAACGCGGACUAUCAAAGCUGUGGUGGCUCGCAGGAUAGCAAGACGAGCUUCGGGAAGGCGUUCAACGAUGCCGGCGGAGGGGUCUUCACGCUUGAGCUGAACGACAACGUCGUCGCCAUGCACCAGUGGAACGUCGCGGACGUGCCCAAGGACAUCUGGGAUAACAACCCCGACCCGUCUGGCUGGGGCGACCCGAUCUUCAAGAUGCCCGCCGACCAGUGCCCCAUCGGCGACCACUUCAAGGACCUCAUGCUGGUCAUCAACACUAACCUUGGAGGCUUCUUCUCCGAGGGCGUGUGGGCCAUCGACGGCGCCGGCGGGCAGGAGACGUCGUGCAAGAAGCAGACGAACUUCAACUCCGCGGCCGACUAUGUCAAGCAGAUGGGCUCCGUCUUUGGGGACGAUGCGCGCUGGAUCAUCAACAAGAUCGUCAUCUACGAGCAGAACUAG